AUGUUUUCAGAGCACAAAUCACGAAUGAUAAGUGAAGAGCUCAACCCUCCCCGAGAAUCUGUUGCCAUCUCUUCUUUCAUCCCAUCAAAUCACAGCUCGACAUUACCAAACUUAGACAAACUACACUCUCAAAGUAAAAUCUAUAAUGAUAAGAAAAAUAUAAUUCCGCCCGAACGGCCCCAGAGCACUCCGUUCCCUGAACAAGAGAUGAUGGAGAAGACCCUUUUGCGCUCAUAUCGUACCCACGACUCUAGUUUUACUAGUGACUAUUUGUUACAGAUAAGCCCAGUAACCUUGGAAACUAAUCAGGUUUCACCUCUUUGUGACCUGCCUAGUGAAAUACAUGAGUGCAUUUUAGAUUACCUACUGGGAAUCCGUGCAUCUGCAGCUUCAAUGACAACAUCCACUAGCUUUUCGAAAUUCCUACGUGGCUGGAGUUCAACACUUAGGCAUUCUAGAAGACGAGAAGUGUCACAACUAGCAUUGGUGAGUAGAAGAUGGCGAGAGUUGAUACAAGAAAGACUAUAUCGCCAUUUAAAAAUAAAGGGCACAAGAACAUCUAUCAACGACAGUAUUGAUUGGUUCCAUUGUCACCCACAUCUUAGCUCGCAUAUCAGACAUCUUGAGAUAUGGUUUCCAGUUUUCCAGCAAAGUAACAAUAUAGAUCAACAACGAUCACAUAUCCCUUCAAAUCCCCCCAACCGACCGUAUCUAGUUCGACGCUCAAGUACGGUGGAAUCAAGUACUGCUGUGACAUACCAAUCACCAUCUGAUAACUGUACGCUCGAAGAAGUCUUUCUAUUCAUACAAACGACUUUCGCACGCGUCUGUAUUCUGACACUGGAAGGAGGAGAAAGGAAGAAACCUCCAAUGGUGCGGUACUUUCAACGUCAACUUCAAGGAAAAUUGCCCACCCUCACCACAGUGCAAACAUUAGUUUGUAAAGGACAAUGGAAUAUUAUUAGGUCAAAUGAAGAUUUUCAGAUCCUAGCUUCUUCAUUACCAAACCUUAGGGAAUGGCAUGCGUCUUACGCGAAACCAAAAUCAAAAAGUUACCUCUCUAUGGCCACUAUCCUACCGAGAUUACCUCAGUAUCUAACUCAUCUUAACAUCUGUUUGGAAGCUGAUUACCGCCGCGAAACUUUCGCUCCAAACUACGCCAAGAAAGUCGUUCGAAAAACCCACUUUUGUGUCGAGAUGGCAAAAGCAAUACCCACAUUAGAGCACCUUGCAUAUACUGGAAGAAUUUGUCAAGACCUUUUCAAUACAGCUGCCAUAAUUUCUGAGGCUAGAGAGUCCAGAGUUAAAUCUGUGGACAUCGUAGUAAAGAACGUCUGUCGGCCAUCUCUCCUAGAUGUGGGAUGGGGUGACGGCUCUAGCAUAACCGAUAUGAAAUUCAUUGUCGCAUUUGAAAAACUUGUCGUAGCUGCCAUUAGAUCGCUCGGAAAGUUGUCAGUGCUCGAAUUUUUGAGAAUACGUUUCAUCGAUUUAGAAUCUCCCCUGCCGAGUCUAAAUCCAUAUUUUCAGCUCAGCAAGAACCAGUGUACUGGGAUCUGGAGUCAUUCUAUUGUUGAAUCAAUACGGCAGACUCGUCCAACUGCCUCGUUUGCAAGAGAGCCUGAAGCUUUAGAUGAUGUGACAUAUGGAGAGUUCAUCGUGUCGGCUUCUUCUUCCAAAUCACGCUCACCAUGCAUUCGGGUAUCAAAUUAUGCAAUCCUUGCAGGUGAAAACAGUCCUUUAUGA